AUGUCUGGUACUCUCACACGGACACAGACAUUAACACAUUCCUGUUCUAUCGAUGCCUGUUCGAACCGCGACAGCGACCCCCUAGGCAUCAAUGUAACUAUUAGACAGGAUCCUCUGUCGUUAACAUUGGAUGGGCCUGCUAUUUUUGCCAUUUCUGUCCUUCUCAUCUUCGGCAUACACCUAUUACAACCAUCUGCCGUUGCUCUACUCAUCGGUAUAACUACCGGUCUUAUUUUCAUCCACAAUGAUUAUCAAAACUAUUUGAAGCUUGGUCCUGGGGGUACACCAGCAACCUUUGCCGGCUACGUCCGUAUCAAUUGGCUUAAACUCUGGGCUUGUCGAGAUCCCUUCAACCCUCUCCCAGCAGAUCCAGAUGUACAACCUGCCUGUGGUAUCUUCCGCAAGAAGCCUCUCCCCUACCGCUGUGGACUACGCCCGAAAGUCGUGGGAAUAGCACCACAACGGCAGGUCAACCAAUUCGGCUCUCGAGAAUGCUAUCUCGCUCUACGGCGCAUUCUAGAAAACCACGGCAGUAGAAACCCCGAGGAAGUGGGUCUUGGUACUUCUUGUUUCGAGAAGCACGGUUUGGGACUAUUCGCUCGAUACCCUUUCAAUAAGACUUGCCAGGGAGAGAUCUGCCAUGUCCACAACACCGAUUAUUCAAUGCACCUGAAUCUCCACCCAGAUGAUGUGAAAGAGGUUAUCGAGAAAGGUUGGGGACAACGCCAUCCAUUAACUAGCCAAUGUCUACUGAAGAUGCCCGUCCCGAAGCAAUUUACGAUGGUUUAUGCACCUCGAACAAUGGAUGAACUGAAGAUUGUAUGCCAGAUUAUCGAGGCAGCUGCGUGGUGGGUUACUGCAAAGGAGAUGGUGUUGGACGUGACGGCGGAUUUGUGA